CUGGGUCAGAGGUGAGACCAACAACCUGUGGGUUUAUUCUGUGUGUUAAUGGAUGUUCUAAUCUUGGUGUUUUUCCAGUGAUUUCUCUUGGUGCAAUCCAAAUACAGUAGAAGAUUGGUAAAUCAAACUCUGUUGCUGAAAUUUGAAUUUUAAGUUGGAAUGUGAAUAUGUUGCUAACUUCACGAUCGAUCUGGAGAGGCUACCUAAACAGCUGAGAGAUUACCAAGUCGCGGACUGCAGUAGUGUACGUACGUCGCCCGUGCGUCUGAUCUGUCCCUUAAUAUUAAACGUACAAUGACAGACUAUGACGGUUAUUGUGUGUUCGAAGAGAGUGAUGAAGAAGAACACGAUAUUAAGAGUGAAAGUUCGGAUAAUGAGCUUGACAUUAUAUUGCAUGGUACACCAAAACAGAAACGCAGACUGACCCGGAGUCUGAGUCGCGGCAGCUUAGACCUUACAGAUGCUUCAUCCAGUGAGGAUGAUUUUGAAAAAGAAGUUGAAGCAGAGUUGGAUGCCACUAUGAAAUCACUUGAAGAAAAACACAAGAAUAUGGGGGAGCAUACAUUAGCAGAUACUCGUGGUGCUGCAUCUACAUCAAGUGCUAACUUGAGUGAAAAUAAGGAAAUAAAAGGCUUAGAAGAGGCAUUUUAUGAUGAUAUCUACUUUGAUACAGAUGAUGAAGAAGAAGAUGAAAAAGUAAACACAAGUAAAAAUAAGAAAGCUAAGAAGAAACAUCGUGUUGUAAGCAAUGAUGACUUGUUCUAUGAUCCUGACAUUGAUGAUGAAAAUGAAAGAUGGAUAAACAAACAACGAGAUAGAUACAAACCAAAAAAAUCAGGCUCUGGGGAUGCCGCUAAUCAAUGUAGAUCACAGAACUGUAGUGAGAAGGUGACUGCUACUACUGAUGCGGUAUUGAACUGCCCUGCAUGCAUGGCUUCUUUAUGUAUAGAUUGUCAAAAACACGAUUUUUACAGAAAUCAGUUCAGAGCAAUGUUCGUUAUAAACUGCGUUAUUGUCAAGGAUGAAGUGUUGAGAUAUAAAGAACCAAUCAGACAAGGUAAAAAGAGACAAAGAAAUCAAAAUAAAGCAGAAUAUGUAAGAAUAGAAGCCAAUGAGACAUCAGAAGAAAUCUAUCACCCUGUGAAGUGUGGAGAAUGUAACACUGAAGUGGCUGUCUAUGACAAAGAUGAAGUGUACCACUUUCAUAAUGUGCUCGCCAGUGCACCAUAAACAUUGUAUGAAUGAAAGAUUAUAUACACAGUCGCUUAUAUUCUGAUGAUGCAACAGACUCUAUUGAAUUUCAAAUAGAUACUGUUAAAUAUUCAAGUUUUUUAAUUUUUAGAACAAGCAAAAAUUAUGUCUUUUGUCCAAUCAUAUUUGGAUGUUUGUGGGCCUUGUUGAGAGCUGUAAAUAUGUGGUCAGGGUAAUAGAGCUGCAAUUCAUUCUGUGAUGUGAAACCAUGAAAUUUAAUACAUGUUAAAUUCCAAAAUAAAACACAAAUUUUAAUGAUU